GCUAAAGGCUGGCACGAGAAGAUGGAGAUGAACAAGUCUUACCUAGCCCGCGCUAGUAAGAAGAUGAAGAAAUGGGCGGACAAGAAGAUGCAACACUUGGAUUUUGAAGAGUGAGACAUGGUAAUGGUGAAGUUCUACUCUCACCGCUUCAAGCAUCUCAACUCUCAAGAACAUGCACAAGGGACUGGUUCGCCGCUAUGAAGGGUCAUUCCCGAUCGCGAAGAGGAUUAGCAAGGUGGCAUACAAGGUGGAGGUGUCGUCGCACUUGGAGAUCCAUCCGGCCUUUCAUGUGAGCCAACUCAAGCUGUUCCACGAAGACAAGGAGGACGAGCAGUGGAGAGAGUCGCAUCGAGUACCAACACUCGUCACGAAGAAAUACGACCAUGAAGUCGAUGAAGUCAUGGCGUGUCGUGUCAUUCCUCGUCGUGGCAUACAUCCAAGCUUCAUGGAAUACUUAGUCAAGUGGAGGAACCUUCCGGAGAGCGAGGCAACUUGGGAGAAAGAGCUCACGCUUUGGAAGAACAAGGACUUGAUCAAGGCUUUCCAUCAAGAUUGACCCGACGAGGGCGUCGCGAGCAUAGGUGGGGGAGGAUGUCACAUGUGGCAGAUGACAUGGUGCCAACAAGGUGACAACAUGGCGGCUGCACAUGCGGCGUGUAUGAAAACUAGUAGCAUAGAGAUGCUCAUAGGAUUCUCCACCUAAAUGAGAGCUUAAUGGUGCACUUAUGAAUCACAUAAUGGGUGACACUUAUAGAGUGCAUAAUGGGGACUUAAUGGGUGUAUUGAUGUAGAUUGUAGAGGGACAUUAUGGGGGGCAUUGAUGCCUUGUAUGAGGAUAGACCUAUAUAAGGAGCCAUCUCCCUCACUUGUAAGUCAUUCCAUCAUUUUUUUUUUAGAGUAAUACACACUAGAGAGUUCUCUCAUCUCAUUGUCUGUGUUCUUGCUUUCUUUGCUUGCUUGUGAGUUUGAGAGAAUAUUGCUUAGUUCUCUAACGGAAUUGAGAGCUAACACCGCACGACCGAGAGUAAGGUCGUGACAACGCCCAUCGCUUAUACACGAUUAAGCGAGUGAUUUAUUACGCAUUUUAGAACCCUGCUUUCCUAUACUUUUGAAGUUGUUAUGGUAUUUGCUCCUUCUGUGAUACCAAAUACAGUAGGCAAAUAACUCACAAUUUUUUUUCCACUCAAACAGGACAUUUUUGUUCCCACCUUUAUCAAAUGACACACAAAUACCACAUUUGAAAUGUAUGUUAUUGAUUCAAAUACAACGCCACAAUCAGUAAUCCAAUGGAACGAAAUAUAUAGUUCAACCAUUAUUAGAGUGGAAUUGAUGAAGUCAUCAAUUUCACGCUACUAAGCUAACAAUUCUGAUUGUUUUUAAUAACUGUUGCACUUACAU